AUGACUGAUAACCAGGAAAAGCCAUCCAACUUCAAAUGCAUUUCUAAGUACAUCUAGUACAACGGCCUGUGUCUUUCCUCGUUGGGCCACACCAAGGAAAGCUUGGAGUUUGCCCAGAACUUCUCUUUUGAAGACACUGAUGUGUUGGCUGUGACUUAUCCCAAGUCAGGGACAAUCUGGAUGCAGGAGAUCCUCCCACUGCUGCUGAAUGGAGGGGAUCUGACCCCGAUCCAUACCAUCCCCAACUGGGAUCGGGUCCCUUGGUUGGAAGAGAAAAGACUGGAAGUGGUUGUAUCAGCUGAAGUCUCCUUCGUCACACAUUUUCCCUACAAGCUCAUGCCUCCUUCUUUCCACACCUCUAAAGCCAAGACAAUCUAUGUCAUGAGAGACCCACGGGACGUUCUGGUGUCUUCGUACUACUUCCACCAAAUGGCCGAAUUUCUUGAGGAACCGGGAACAUUUGAUGAAUUUAUUGGCAAAUUCCUGGAGGGCAAAGUACUUUUUGGGAAGUGGACCGAUCAUGUGAAGAGUUGGAUGCACACAGAGCUGGGAGACAGAAUAAUGCACAUUACUUAUGAAGAAAUGGUUCAGGACCUGCCUGCAGCUCUCAGGCGCAUGGCAGAUUUCCUGGGCCGUAAUCUGGACCCUGAAACCAUUCAGAAGAUUGCAGAGCAAUGCUCUUUCCAGACCAUGAAGAAGAACACAAUGUCCAACUUCAGCCUGGUUCCCAAGGCUUACAUGGAUCACGACAAGUCUCCAUUCCUUCGUAAAGGUCAUGCUGGAGACUGGAGAAAUCACUUCAGCUCAGAGCAGCUGGCCCAGUUCUCAUCUGUGAUUCACAAAGAGCUGGAGGGUGAGAGCUGCUCUCUGCCCUGGAGCCUGGACACAACUGGAGGGAACGGAUGUUGAAAAUGAAGGCCUGGAGUCCCAUUCGAUGCAGAAAUUGUAACUGAUUGGGUCUCAGAUUUCAGAGUGUGGCUUCAUCAUGAUUUGGUAUUUAUGUAAUUGAACUUGAUUGAUUGAUCAGAUAUAUCUAUUCCCACUAGCAUCCAGGUCAGGGUCAGGGUUAAGGUCUUAAAGGAAUGUGCUUUAGGUUUGAAACACCCAGGGAUUGAAGUACAUGUUCAUCAUUCAUUUGUUGGAGUCUGGGAAUUUUACAGUCACACCAUCUCCCACCAACUCCUUGAUAUGUUACCGUUUGUUACUGUUUAUUUUAUCCAAAGCCAAAAGCAAUAC